AAAAGGCAUUUCGGUCCCAGUCACUUUCCCCAUUUCAACCGGCUUCGGGAGCCAGGGUAGAGGAGGCUCGCUCCCGUUGCCCACAGCUCGGUCCCGGCUCCGCCGCUCGGAGUCAGGUGCUCGCCGGCGGGAAGCGAGCGAAGGAGGGGAGAGCGAGCUCCGGCACAAGGGGAGAGCCCGGAACCACCAGCUCCUUGCAGCACUAACGAGGGGAUUUACUCUUUCAUGCGGCCACUGGGAUCUCUGGACUAGCCCAGCCACCACGUUGUGAUUUUUUGCUAUCUCUGCAAUACGCUACCUUUUAAGGUCAAGAUGUUGUUAAGUAUAAAAAGUAUCUUAUGGAUGUACUCUACGUUAGUUAUAACAUAUACACUACCUAAAGUUAAAGCAGAAAAAAAAACCCUGGUCAAGGGAUCCCUCUCUGGAACUUCAGUCCUGCCAUGCUUCUUUUCAACCACACCCACCAUAUCCUCCAGCUACGCCGCCGAGUACCUCCGGAUCAAAUGGUCCAAGGUGGAACUGGACAAAAGCGGGAAGGACGCCAAGGAAACCACGGUCCUGGUGGCCCAAAAUGGCAACAUCAAAAUAGGCCAGAGCUACAAGGACAGGGUGUCUGUCCCCAGCCACUCCGAGGAGAGCGGGGACGCCUCGCUGACCUUCUCCAAGCUGCGCGCCAGCGACGCCGGGGUCUAUCGCUGCGACGUCAUGUACGGAGUGGAGGACACACAGGGCAUCGUCUCUCUGGCUGUUGAGGGUGUUGUGUUUCACUACCGGGCUGCCACGAGCAGGUACACCCUGAAUUUCACACAGGCCCACCAGACCUGCCGGGACAACGGUGCCGUCAUGGCCAGCCCAGAGCAGCUGAAAGCAGCCUAUGAGGAUGGGUUUGAGCAGUGUGAUGCUGGCUGGGUGUCUGACCAGACUGUCAGGUAUCCAAUUAGACAUCCAAGAGUUGGCUGCUUUGGAGAUAAGAUGGGAAAGAAAGGAGUCAGGACGUACGGGCGCCGCUUCCCUAACGAGACUUACGAUGUUUAUUGCUACGUGGAGCACAUGGAAGAUGAGGUGGUCCACGUCUCAGCCCCCCAGAAGUUCACCUUCGAGGAAGCUAGGGAGCUGUGUGAGGAGCGAGGAGGUGUCCUGGCUUCCGUGGGGAACCUCUACGUGGCCUGGAGGAACGGCUUUGACCAGUGUGACUACGGGUGGCUGGCGGACGGCAGCGUCCGCUACCCGGCCUCCGUGGCGCGACCCCAGUGCGGCGGGGGUUUACUUGGGGUGAGAACCCUGUAUCGCUAUGAGAACCAAACAGGCUUCCCUUACCCCGAUAGCAAGUUUGAUGCCUACUGCUAUGAACCUAAAAAAGUCACGACAGAGCCUACCACCAUUGAGCCUGUGACAUCCCUGAGAACUGACAGUGUGAUAUGGUCGCCUGCUGGAGCUCCUCUCGAACCUCCCAUCUCUGAGACUCCACUCACUGAAGUGCCUGCCACCCAAACAGUUUCUUUGGAGGAAACAACCCCAGAGUCUGAAGAAGACGCAGAAAUGACUACUGAUGUGGCUGAGGAGAAGAGGGAGAUGGAGGUGCUCAUGGAGAACAUUCCGCUAACCACCCUUCUACCUCAGACUGUCACCGACGGCGAAACAUUCACUUAUGACACACUGGGAAGGACUGAAUACGAUGUCUCACCCAGGCUAACAGACACCACGGCCCCAGAUUUGGAACUGGAUCACACUUACUCUGAAGCAGAGUUGCCCGAGGAACAAGGUAGGUCUGAAAGCAUUGAGGACGCUUUCUUGACCUCUGUAAUUUUUCAGGAUAGCACAGCUGUAGCUAAGAGUUCCACUGGUUUUUGGGAAGAUGCUGAAACGGGAGAUGCACAAAGGCAUGAUGAUGAUAAUCAGACUGAACAAAUAGAAGUGGGUCCUCUGAGGACAGCUACAGAUAGCUUCUUACAGACUUCUCGGAGAGAGGCUGCCAGGACAGGGACUUCAGACUCACUAACAAAAGAGGAUAUGUCUCACGGUGCCCACUUCACAAAUGCACCCACAAAAAAAUCACUGGAGGCAAAAUCUGAUGAGAAACUUACAACUGUUGUAAUCCCUAAAGCUUUGCUCACCGCUGAGUCUGCAGAGAGGGAGGGCAGUGAGAGCAUGCACACUGCUGUGUCUGGCACAGGUUGUGGGGUGGCUACUGGUCAUGCCCCAAGAUCAGAAGGGCCUGCUGCAUCAGAGACACUCCUGGAUGAGCAAGCAGUAACCACUGAACAGUUUUCUGCAGUGAAAGAGUCAACGCCCUGGGUUAAAUUUAGCUCUGCAACAGCAUUUGACAGUGAGGCCUCGGCUCAAGGGAGCAGAGAGGACCUGAGGGAUGUGCAGCCCACCGUGGCAUCUGGAACACCUGUAUCCUUUUCUGUGUCAGCUGCUGAUCAAACAGAAUCUGAGGUCAUCUCAGGAAGCACUGAUGCCCUGCCAAGCUUUGGAGAAGGCACCAUGUCUCUUAUCCCCUCAUCUCAGCAGACAGAAGCAUCAGCUGUCUUAGAGGAGCAGGAGGAAACAAAACAGCCAUCAAUGAUGACAGCAGAUGUGGAGGUCCCUCAUUCCACAGCUGCCAUUUCUCCAUGUGUUGAAGCAGAAUCUGAGGGGUGUUCUGCAAGGGAGAAGAUCACACAGGCCCCCCCAGGUUCUGGCACGUGGCUGCCAACAGAUAAAGAGGAGGGGUAUAUGACAGAAGAGUCAUCUCACACUGGAAGAGUGAUUGAGUUUGCUACAGAGGAUGGCUUCUCUGGAAUGGAGCCCACAUCAUCUCCAGGGCACAUUGUGGAAUCCACAGUGCAUCCAGGAACUCCAAUUUCAGCAGCUACAGAUGCAACUGAGACAAGCAGGGAGCCAGCAGAGACCACAAGGGACGAAGAAGUGGUAUCAGCUGAUUUUGGUCAGAGUAGAAACACUCCGAGUGUAUCCCACACGAGCAGCUCCCUGGAUUUGGAAAUGACCACAGUAUCCAAAAUACCAGUGGAAGAAAGCAGUGCAACCAUAGGGUUUUUUAGCUCCCCAAGUGUAACUGUAUGGCCAAGUGCUGUGCCCACAGCUGUGGGGGUAACUGAGCAUGAAGGAGAUGAGACAUCAGGGACAGAGGGAACUAUUAAAUUUGCAGGUGUAACAAAGGUAGAUACUGCAGUUCCACAGAAGGAGUAUGAUGCUUCCCUAGUUCCAGUUACUGUAGAGAGUGAGGUCACUAGAGAUAUGCCAAUUACUGAUCAGACUCCUUUUGAUGAUGUCUUUCAUACAGAAGCAACAGAAACAACUGCAAAAGAUAGCAAGGUGUUCCCAGAACUCUCCACACUGGACCAAGGUUUGGAACCAAGAACUGCCACACUGUCUGUGACACCUGCCCACACACACGAACCAGAGAUGUCACCAGGAUCUGAAUGGCCUCAAACAGCAGUUCAGGAGACACUGGAUGAGACAGGCUCAGCUUAUGAUGAGAUGUACCCAUCCACAGAGGCACCUGUGCCUGCAGUGACGUCCACAGACCAUAGAGGAGUUCUGGCACCUGAGGAAACCAGCAGCUGGUUGCACCUCACAGUGACUCCAACAGCUGGAGCUGCUCCUGACCAGGAUGAGGUCACUGAGGUGAUGCCCAUAACUGCUGGAACCGAAGCACAGACACAGGACAGCCCAGGAACCCCCACCAGGGAGGAAGAUGAUGCAGUGAGCUGGGAUUCUGUGUCACCCUCCCAUACGAUGCCAGCAGGACGUUCCACUGUGGAAAGCAUUACUGACUUGACUCUGGGAGCUUCUCCAAGCCAAGCUACAGAAGGCUCAGGAAUGACUACAGAACCUGAGAAAACCAGGCCAGCUGUAUUUGUAGCUACUGCAACAGAUAAGGCAACAACUCUCAGCAGCGUGACAACCCCUUCCCUUGGUGCUGUAGACAAAAUUCAGCCCACAUCUGCAACCAAGUCUUUUGUCACUCAGAAGUCUCCACGCAUCAUUCCUGAGGAAGAAGAGGAGGUAACAAGCCAUGACAUCAUCAUAAUUGACGAAUCUGUUUCUCCCAGCAAAGCCACCGCUGAGGAUGAUCUGCCAGGAAAGAUGCUGGAGCCAGAAAUCGAUAAGGAAUAUUUCACAGCAUCCACUGCCACAGCAGUGGCACGACCUACUGCUCCACCCCAAGUGAAGGAGGCCACAGAGGCCUUGCAACCUCAGGAGGUGUCUCCUUCUACUUCACACCCUGAUAAUGACAUAAGAUUGUAUGUUAUUCAAAUCACAGGCAAUGACACAGAUCACCCGGUGAAUGAAUUUUUGGAUCUGUUCAAUCGCCACAUGCUUCCUCAUGCAAUAGAUGAAACCCACAUUGAUGCAGAGUCAGCUCAGACUGAACCCUGUACUUCAGACUCUGUGCAGGAUUCGUCUGAAUAUAUAAUAUUGGAUCCUUUCUUUACAAACUAUGUAGAGUUUGAAGAAGAUGAAGACUGUGAAAAUACUACUGAUGUUACAACCCCUCCAGCUUUGCAGUUCAUCAAUGGGAAGCAACAAGUUACCAGUGCACCUAAGAGCACAAAAGCUGAGGAAGCGAGGAGUGACCAAAUCGAAAGCGUUGCACAUUCCAAAAACGUAACCUUUUCUCAAAUCAACGAGACAAACACGUUUAUCAUUAAUGAAUCUGAAGCUUCUGGUACUAUGCAACCAAGCAAAGCUGGAGAAGUGAUAGGGGCGUUUGAGGUCACACAGCCAACCUCAGGGGCUGCAAUGUUAGAACCUGUCUAUAGUGGGGAGUCUGAAGUUGUUACAACAGAUAAAUCAAUAGCCACCACUUCUUCACAUGAGCAGUCUCUGCAAAACAGUAGAGAGACCAUGACCUGGCAGGGAACUGAGGAGAGCUCCACUAAAGAUAGCAAAAACCUGCUUUUGAUUCCUAGUGAAUUCUCAGGAGAUGGCUCCACUGAAUCUGAUCUGUCCACUUCGAUCUUGGACGUUGUGACAGGGUCAAGAAAGGAAGAUGAUGAAAAAAAUUCUGGUAUAACAUCUUCUCCUGAUGCAUUUACUGUGGAAAGUUCUGCUGUAACUGCUUCUCUGGAGGCAGUUUUUAUUCCUGCUACGGAAGACAACGUUGUAACCGACCUUAUUUCAGAAAAGGCAACCCCUGCUCCAGGAGACCAUUAUAAAACAACUCUUAAACUUAAUGCAAAUUCCCCUGGUGAAAACAUUCUGGAAACAAGUCACACAGCAAAGCCUGAGAUGAGUGCUGCUUCUUUUAUGGUUCUGGAAGGCUCUGGAGAUGUGAAAGACAGCAUCACUGUAACUUCAGCCGUGACAGAGGAAGUAGCAGUAACAGAAACACUUUCAAUGCAAGACAUUUCUCUGGGCUCCGGCACAGCGCCGCUGACAGAAUUUUCUGUAACUGAUUCAGGAAUCACCUCUGCUUUGCCCAGAGCUAUAAGUACUCCUUAUUCUGCUUUUGAUCAAAGUCCUCAAGUAACUGUUGCCACCAACUCUGUGUCUGAGCUAAUUACGGAAAAAGCAUUUGCCAGUUCUCUUGUAACUGAAAAGAGUAUUGAUGAUGAAAAAGAAAUACACGCCACUGUUUAUGCAGGUCACCAAAAUUCAGCUACUGCUGCAGAGGAAAAUUUGGAUUUGAAUGAACUUGGGAGCACUACAAGUGAAGUCAGAACUGUAAGUCAAGAGCCCCUCAGAAAAACAGUACCAGGUACCAUAAGCUCUGAAAUCAAAAAGGUCACCACCAUUCCUCUCUUGAGGGAGAAGAAGCUUUUUGUAAAUGAAGGAUCAGCAGAAGAGCCUGCAGACAUAUUUUCAGGGGGUUCCACAGGCAGAGUGGUAAGUAUUGGCUCCCCAUUUAUUGAUCCAGGUUCUGGAGACAUAGAUUAUGUCGUUGAGUCUGCUACUUUGACUUCGGUCCCGUUAAGGCCUGUCACUGAAACACAAACAGAAAUGUAUGAAGGAAAAAUUUACAGCACAGAUGAUGCUUCACCAAAGGAUGCAACAACGGAAUAUGAAAAACAUGCAAGAACAGAUGAACCUGCAGUAACAGUUUUGAGUACUUGGUCAGAGAGCUUCACAGAGGGGUCUGGAGUAGAAAGUCAGACGUCCCUGGAUAUGUUUAGUACCAAAAACCCGGGAGAACCAAAUGUGGAAACAAAACCAACCUACACAGCUCCUUCUGACAUAAAAUCUGGUUCCAUAAAAGAGAUAACAUCUCACAUUGCACCGGGAAUUGAAACUGGAGAUUCAGAAAUGGGUGAGGCCACAUCAUCUCCAAAUUCAGAAACAGGUGAGGCCACAUCAUCUCCAGAUUCAGAAACAGGUGAGGCCACAUCAUCUCCAGGAUCUGUGGUCAGUAACAACCCUCAUGAGGGCUUGGUGACACAUGGUACUACACAUGGCAGUAUAAAAGCUGUAGCUGAAUCUACAGAAAGCAAAGAUGCAAGAGUUGGUUCUUCAACUGUCUCCUUGGGCAAGAUUUUCCUGAUUGAGCAUGGCUCUGGAGAAGAAUUCAAAGAUGACAGCAGCACCACAAAACUUAUGUCUAAUGGACCUACAGAAGAAAUACUUGGAGGUCAUUUCUCAAUUACUGACCAGGGAUCUGGAGAACCAGACUCAACCACUGGAUCAUUUGCGGAAACAGCAGUUGCCCCUUCUGGGAGACCAGAAACAUGGGAGAAGGAUCACAGACAAGCUGUCAGCACAUCACCUCCGGAUCCUGCCUUCACUACAGAUCCUGAUGAGCAGGUCACAAGUUCUGAUCAUGUGGUAACCUCCAUGGGGACUGCAGGGGAUGUGAGAAUUGAGGAGAAAACUGUUGAUGAGCUGACAGUGAGAGCUUUUUCUACAAAGAUUCCUUUGAUGGAAGAGAUACAUUCUGGGGAAGAGGCGCCAAGUGAAAUUUCACCAAAAGCUAUGGAAUCUUCUGAAGAAACAACAAUGGACCCAUUCUAUAAAAGUACCCAGACUAGCCUAGAACAUCUGGGAUUUUUAAAUGUUCCAACUCUCAGUCCUUAUCUGGAAGAAAAGGAAUUAGAAACUGAACCUGUUAAAAAAAUACUUUUGCCGUUUAAUGAUGACAGAGUAACUGAGGCUGUAACAAUUGAAAGGAAAUACAUAAGCUCUCCAGUCACAGUUGUAGAGCAAGAGGAAGAGCUGGUGCAAAACAUUUUCCCUACUAAAGAUAUUCCCAGAACAUUCCUGACACCUAAAGAAGAAAACCUGUCAAAUAACGAGCUCAUUGGUGAUCCCCUGUUUUCAGGACAGGGGUCGGGAGACGACCUUGCCGUUCUUCCUUCUGUAGUGCCAUUUGUUGUCCAAAAAAUCAAGAGUACCUCAAGCCCUGAAACUUCUCACCCUGCAAAUAUGGGACCUGAACUUUCCACUGACAUGACACAAGACUUUGAACAAGGAAGCACUCCAGCAAAUGUUGAAGUUAAUGAAGAAGUCACAAGUGCUGUAGCUGAGCUGCUGCCAGAAACUGGAGACCCAUUCCCCACCUCCACAUUCCCCAGUUCCUCAGCUUUAGCAGAAGACAGCUCCAAGAGCUUCAUCUCUAAAGAGAUUGAAGACACCACACAUUAUUUUGUUGCAAAUGAAGAACCACAGGAAAAGGAAACUGACUAUAGGAGAGUAGAAAAUGAAACAGAUAAGACAACACCCACUUCUAAAGCUAUUUCUCAAGACGAAAAUUCACAUUUUCUGAUUAAAGGUGGCACAACUCCUGUAUCUGUUAUACUGAAUGGAACUCCCACUCCUGAAACAGAGGAAUCUCUUGUGACAUCAGCAACAAAAACCCUGGGCAGAGUAUUACCAGACGGCUCUGGGGAAGGAUCUGGCUGGGUUGGUGUUUCAGAUUCAUCUUCCCCUAGUGUGUUUACCCAUUUUUCAAUUCCCACCGUAUCCAAAGUGGAGCUAAAUGUUUCAUCUAGUGUUCCUGGACAUGUUUAUUCCAAAGUUAUGACCACAGAGGCUCCGAGAGAUGGAUCACAGACUGCAAUCACAGGACUGGUCUCCCUUUUUACAGAAGAAACAGAGGUUUUGGUAAAUCCUUCUGCUGCUCAUCCAAAGGCAGCUUCAUCAGAGGAACUAACAAGUGACACUGGGUUAUAUGAAAAAAUUAUUCCCAUGAUUGAUGACAAAAGGAGUGUUAUAUUGAACGUUUCUGUUUAUGGUGAUAUUACCCUGAUUGAAGAACGACUGCAAACCCCACCAGAAGAAACAACUAUUAUUGACAUGGAUCACUCUAAAUCAAUGCCUGAGGAUAUAAUAAGUGUGCAGACAAUGCCAAAUCCUGUUACACAGUCAACAUAUGGCUACGAUGAUAGCAUGGCCACUGAAGGGGAGAAAUAUUAUUCCACUCCCAGGUUUUCCAUAGCCAAAGAAAAGACACUUGGAUCUGGUGAUAAUCUUCCUCUGACUACUUCCAGUCCACCAAGUAGAGAGUCGGUGACUUUUGGGCACAGACCAACCUCAGGUGACAUGGAUUUGGGUUCAGGGAAUGACAUGAAUUUUGCAGCAGCAACUCUCACCACCACGGAACUCUCUGAGCUGGGCAUUGUCCUUCCUACAGUGCCAUCUCUGGCAAGCCCUCAGGUGCCUCAUGAGUCCAAACCUGUUGUAACCAGCCCCACAGAAGAUAUCUAUGAGCCGAGUACUUCAGCAAACAGCCAAGUAAUAGCAGAUCACAGUGAAAUAAUCUCUGGCUUUUCCGGGAUGGGCCAAGAAGAGCUGGCUGAUAAUCAGCCCGUGGCUCCUUCUCUUGCACCAGUUGUAACUGGUGAGCCAGAAAAGGCUUUGACGACUGGUGAGCUUGAGUUAAGUGUUGUCACCACACAGCCUACAUCCCAGCUGACAACUGUGUCAUCUACCAAGGGUGCAGGGAAUCGUCCCACGGUGUACACAAACACAAAAUCAGCAUCAGCAGAGUAUGAGGAGACAGAUCCAGUGAGUUUUUAUUCAGUUCCUCAGACUCCUAAAUCUUCAGUAACUGUUCACUUAGUAAACAGAGUAUCUGAGUACCCUGAGGUAAUCUUUACGAGCACAUCAUCAUCAUCAUCAUCAUCAAGGGAUUCACAUCAGUCCAAUCAGUCAUCAGGAGGAAUCUUCAAAGAGGUUAGUUCUGAUGUUACAGCAACAUAUAAACCACCCACUGGUGACCUUCUUGACACAACAGAGUCCUCUCUGCUGGAGCUUUCUCCUGAGCCUGUUUCAGACAGCACAAGCACAGAAAGCACUCCUCAGUUUGGUAGGCUUCUAACAGGUGGGACAGAGGAGACAGAAAUGCCUGCAACUGAUUUAGCUGGUGAGGAAGAAGCUGCUGUUUCUGGAGAUUCUCCAUCAAUACCUGUCUUGCCUACUGCUUUUCUGAAUUUUGGAGAAGGAGCGAGCACAGAUAUUGCAAAAGUCAGCACAACAAAAGUUGAAGCUUCCUCAGGGAGAGUCAAUAAUCCCCACCAAGAGGAAUACAGGACUACUGAGAGACAGAACCCCUGGCUCGUGUCCACAACUGUUUCAGACUCACCCAACAGCAUCGAAAGUGAAGGAUUUAAACCUAGCCAGGAAGCAGUUACAAUGCUAACCUCGCCUUCCCAGCUUUUGGACGGAGGCACAGAAACACAGGCAGCUUUGUUUGGUCAGGGGGAGAUCACAACCAUCCCUUCUAACAUUGCAACAAACAGCAUUGCCCCUGGGAACAGUCCCUACCAAAACGAGCCAUCAACACCGAGCUCUGAGGAGCCAAACACUGUGGAAACCAUAACUUCAUCAUUUUCCCUUCCGGAAGUCACGAACGGAUCAGAUUUCGUGAUUGGCACCAGUGUGGGUUCAGUUGAAGGCACAGCAGUGCAAAUUCCAGGCCAAGAUCCAUGCAAGAGCAGCCCCUGCCUCAACGGUGGUACCUGCUACCCACGUGGUUCCUUCUACAUCUGUACCUGUCUGCCAGGUUUCAGCGGGGAGCAGUGUGAAUUAGAUAUCGACGAGUGCCAGUCCAACCCGUGCCGGAACGGAGCCACGUGCAUUGACAGCCUCAACACCUUCACCUGCCUGUGCCUGCCCAGCUAUGUUGGGGCUCUCUGUGAGCAAGACACGGAGACCUGUGACUACGGCUGGCACAAGUUCCAGGGGCAGUGCUACAAGUACUUCGCGCACCGGCGCACGUGGGACACGGCGGAGCGGGAAUGCCGCCUGCAGGGAGCACACCUGACCAGCAUCCUGUCCCACGAGGAGCAGAUCUUUGUCAACCGUAUUGGCCAUGACUACCAGUGGAUUGGCCUCAAUGACAAGAUGUUUGAGCGUGACUUCCGCUGGACUGAUGGUAGCCCACUGCAAUACGAGAACUGGAGGCCAAACCAGCCAGACAGCUUCUUUUCUGCUGGAGAAGACUGUGUUGUUAUAAUCUGGCAUGAGAACGGGCAGUGGAAUGAUGUCCCGUGCAAUUAUCACCUCACUUACACCUGCAAGAAAGGAACAGUGGCUUGUGGCCAGCCACCUGUCGUGGAAAAUGCAAAGACCUUUGGGAAGAUGAAGCCUCGUUAUGAGAUCAACUCCCUCAUCAGAUACCACUGCAAGGAUGGCUUUAUCCAGCGCCACAUCCCGACCAUCCGCUGCCAGGGGAAUGGACGAUGGGACAUGCCCAAAAUUACUUGCAUGAAUCCCUCCACAUACCAAAGGACUUACUCUAAGAAAUACUACUACAAACACUCCUCAUCAGGCAAGGGGACGUCGUUAAACUCGUCCAAGCACUACCACCGCUGGAUCAGGACGUGGCAGGACUCGAGGCGCUGAGAGCUAAAUGGUGAAUUGGGGAUUUCCACCAUUUCAGCCAAAGUCAUAAAUUUCUGUGCCUUUUUCUAUCACUUAUAGGAGUAUUAUCGAAUCCUUUUGAAACUACGGACUGCAGUAUUCACGGCGUGUUUUGCAAAAAAAAAAAACAAAAAAAAAACCACGGAAAAAAAAAAAUUACGGUGUUUAUCAGAAAAUUUAAGAAAUAAAUAAAAAAAGAGGAGAAGUGCUUAUGGGGAUAAAAGGAAACCAUUUCCAGCCUAUAAAGAUUAUUAGUUUUCUAUAUGCCAUCGGUGUGGACCAUUUUAUGAUAUGUACCAGCCUUCUGCAAUAUUUAAACAGCUCAAUUUUAGCACCAAUGAAAAUGUAAAUAAGAUGAUUUUAAUGUUGUUUGACUGUGUGUUGUUUUUAAAAUCCUGUAUAUAAAAUGAAAAGUCACACUAAUUUCAGGCAUAUUUAUGGUUAGAACGGCCUCAGAGGUCUUCAGUCAUUUAUGACGUUGUUUCUGUGUUGUUUACCUAGGCUGGAAAUGGUUGAAAUAAAGACUUCACUGACUGAAAUUUGCAAUUAUCAGGUGAAGAUAAACACACAAGUGACAUGACUUUCUUUUUUUUUUUUUUUUU